UUUAUAAGAGUAGUUGUAGUGGUAGUGAGAGUUGUAGGGAAAAAGAAAAGAAAUGUUGGGCACCAAAUUCCCCUUCCUCCCCGCACUCGUCCGACCGAACCACCGCCGCGCCCGAGUCCCCUUGGCGGCGCCGGACGACUCGGACCCAAGCCGAACCCCCGAGCCCGACCUCGAGCCGGACCGCCCGGUCCGAGUCAGCCCCAAGCUGAGCCGCUGGUCCCGGGCCCGCUCGAUCCGGUCCGGCCGAACCCGGCUCGACUGGCCCGCUCUCCGGAAGCGAACCGCCCCGCCCAUCCCCACUCCCUCCCCCUCCUCCUCAUCACCGUCGGGGGAGAUCCAACCGUCCGUGGCGGAGGGGGCGGAGAUGGACGGUGAUGGGGGAGAUAACGGCGAGAUGACGGCGGGGAAGGCGAUCUACAUGGUCUCGGACGGCACCGGGUGGACGGCGGAGCACUCCGUUAACGCCGCGUUGGGUCAGUUCGAGCAUUGCCUCAUCGACCGGGGCUGCCCCGUAAAUACCCACCUCUUCUCCGGGGUCGAAGACAUGGACCGGCUAAUGGAGAUCGUAAAGCAGGCAGCAAAAGAAAAUGCGCUGAUACUCUAUACACUCGCUGAUUCUUCCAUGGCUGCAUCUGCCAAGCACGCCUGCGAUCUCUUUGGGGUUCCUUCUGGCGACAUCCUCCGGCCCACCACUGAAGCCAUUGCUGCCCAUCUCGGUGUUGCCCCCUCUGGGAUCCCCCGAGGCGGCCGGAAGGCCCACCUCACAGAAGAUUACUUCCAACGAAUUGAAGCUGUCGAUUUCACCAUCAAACAAGAUGAUGGGGCCCAGCCGAAAAACCUAAACCGUGCUCAUAUCGUCCUUGUCGGCGUUUCCCGUACUGGGAAGACACCGCUAUCGAUAUACUUAGCUCAGAAGGGAUAUAAGGUGGCGAAUGUUCCAAUUGUGAUGGGUGUGGAAUUGCCAAAGAUGCUCUUUGAAAUUAAUCAGGAGAAGAUCUUUGGCUUGACAAUAAAUCCGGUGGUUCUUCAAACUAUAAGGAAAACGAGAGCCAAGAGUCUAGGGUUUCAUGGUGAGAUGAGGAGCAACUAUUCGGAGAUGGUCCAUGUGAAGGCAGAGUUGGAGUAUGCAAGUCGCAUUUUCACUCAGAAUCCAGUUUGGCCGGUGAUUGAGGUUACAGGAAAAGCUAUAGAAGAAACUGCAGCUGUGGUGGUGAGAAUGUACCAUGAUAGAAAGCACAGAUGCUCGAUGCCACGCAUUUCUCGACGGUACUAACAUUAAGAUACUACUUAUAUACAUCCUGUGUAUUUACGUGUGCAAUUAAAAAGGUGAAAAGUUGUAUAGUUUAAUGCUCUAAAAGGGCAAUUGAAUCAGCAUGUAACCCUUUAUCCUUUAGAAAUGUGAUAAACAAACAAUAAAGGCAAGAGAGAUAUGAUGCUUUAACCUUCUUAAAAUGCUGACGAAAUCGCGAACUUCGUUUCUUCGUUGUACUGUGAAUUAUUCUGCCAUUGUAAGUGAAUUUUAACAUGAAAAAUGAAGAGGGGAAAUGUCAAAUUUUUGGGUAACAAAAUUAA